AUGGAGAGGAUCUCUCCAGGAAAUGAAACUAUUGCUGAAUUUGUCCUCCUUGGCUUCUAUGACGUCCCUGAACUGCACCCCCUUUUCUUUAUUGUGUUUACUGCUGUCUAUGCCUUCAUCAUCCUAGGGAAUAUGCUGAUCAUUGUGGCUGUCGUCAGCUCACAGAGGCUCCACACUCCUAUGUAUUUCUUUCUGGCUAAUCUGUCCUUUUUGGAAAUCCUCUACACCUCCACGGUGGUGCCAAAAAUGCUGCAAGGAUUCCUGCAAGAGGCAGCCAUCUCUGUGGCUGGUUGUUUGCUCCAGUUCUUUACCUUUGGCUCUCUAGCCACAGUUGAGUGCUUCUUGCUGGCUGUCAUGGCGUAUGAUCGGUAUCUGGCAAUCUGCUACCCACUUCGCUACCCACUCCUGAUGGGACCCAGAUGGUGCUUGGGUCUGGUGGUUACAACCUGGCUCUCUGGCUUCAUGGUAGAUGGACUGGUGGUAGCUCUGAUGGCACAGCUGCGGUUCUGUGGCUCCAAGUACAUUGACCACUUCUACUGUGACUUCAUGCCCUUAGUGGGCCUAGCUUGCUCAGACCCCAGAGUGGCCCAGAUGACAACAUUCAUUCUCUCUGUGAUCUGCCUCACUGUGCCCUUUGGACUGAUUUUGACAUCAUAUGCUCAGAUUGUGGUGGCUGUGCUGAGAGUUCCUGCUGGGGCCAGUAGGAGAAAGGCUUUCUCCACAUGCUCCUCUCACCUCACAGUAGUGUCCACAUUUUAUGGGACCUUGAUGGUCUUGUACACCGCACCCUCUGCUGUCCACUCCCAGGACCUCUCCAAGGUCUUUGCCCUGCUGUACACCAUUGUCACCCCAAUCUUCAACCCCAUGAUCUACACUUUGAGGAACAAGGAGGUCCAUCAGGCACUACGGAGGCUUCUCUGCAUUAAGCAAACUGAAACUCUUGAUUCAAGGAAGGCAGUGAAGAUUUUAUUUGGAGUUUCUGUACCUUCAUUGGGACGUCUUCCAAGAUUAGCUGGUGAAGACUAA